AAUUGCUUUUUUUUUUUCAAGUGUGUGAAUUUGGUAAUUCAACUGGGUGCAACUGCCAUUGGAGCUUCGUGCUUAGGGUUUUAAGUUCGUUUGUGGGUUUUGAUUGUUCUUCCUUGGAGGAAAUGCUUAUACGAUUUGAGAAGACUUGUUUGGUCAAUGGGGUUUUAGAAUUUAGAACUUUUGGUAAUGAGUCAACUGGUUUGGUUGACUUCAAAUCUUGAGGUUUUACUUGGACAUUUCGGAGCUUUCAAAUUAGGGGUUUUCGAUUUUGUGCCUUUUUGGGUGGGGUUGCUAAGGAGGCCAUGGCAGUGUCGUGGCGGCUGGAGCAUGGCAUGAAAGCUUUCUGAUACAUGAGCGACAGUUUGGUACAGUUUUUUUAAGACUUCAGAAGACUUGGAGUUUAGAUUGCUAAUCAUCACUACUAUGAAUCUUUGAUUAGAUACCCAGACAGAGAUACGUUGAUCCCACUACAAACUAGUCAAGAUUGUGGUGCACAUCACAAGUACAGUUCAAAUGCCAUCUUUCAAAAUGAAGGCUCAAUCAAGCACAGGGUGUUUACGAGAAAAAAAUUGUCUUCGUGUAUGUCAAAGGUCAAGUGUGAUUUCCAAGAAAGCAUGUGUUCAUGCUAGGAAAUCUGAACAUACAGAAGAUUUUGACACUUGUAAAAAUUGUCAGGAGGUUUCUUCAAGCACACAAGUUUCUACUCUAGAAAUUGGAAGUGAUGAAGCAACUGAACAUCAGGAAUUUCUGGGUGAACAAAUUGGUCAAAUUCAGCAGCAGUCAUGUGAUUCUUCCACCAAAAGAAUGGACUCCUUUCACGCCUGCCCAUCAAACUUAGAGACGAUUUUCUCUCCUGCUUUGGAGUCCGGUGAAGUCAACGGCAAACAAAAUAGUGAACCAAAUGCUGACAUUGAUGCAGGGUUAGGAACUGGUGACAGUGAUGAUAACGGAAGUUCAUGUAAUAAUCGAAAUUGCGAUGUAUCAGAUUUCUAUAUUUCUGAUAUGAUCAUUUCAAGCUUACCCUUCGAUGAGAAUGCAUUUCAUGAUGAUAUUAGUGAAAUGAAUUACUUUCCAGACUACAAAUAUGCUGAAACAAAUAUGUUUUUUGAUGUGUCUGAGCAAUACAUGGUAUUGCCUUUCCUAGAAGACACAAUCAGAAGCAGUAAUUUUUAUACUAAUGAUGACAAAUCAUGUGAAGAAGCCAUGGUAGAUACAAAUUGUGCUGGAAUGUAUUUGGGAAUUGGUCAGAUAAGCCCCUGCAACCAGGAAACGGUUGUCAACUCUUCCGACUCAGAUCAGGCAGAGUCCUUUGAUCCACAGUUGUUUAUAAAAAACUUACCAGAAUUAUCAGAUGUGGUAUCAAACUAUCAACCCAACAUUUUGCCUGAGGAAGCUUCAAAAAGAAAGUCUGUAACACUUGUGCUUGAUUUGGAUGAAACACUGGUUCAUUCUACAUUGGACCAUCGAGAUGACGCAGACUUCACAUUUACCGUCUUUUUCAACAUGAAGGAGCACACGGUAUAUGUGAAACGGAGGCCUUACCUCCAAAUUUUCUUGGAGAGAGUUGCAGAAAUGUUUGAAGUCGUUAUUUUUACUGCCAGCCAAAGCAUAUAUGCAGCGCAACUUCUUGAUGUAUUGGAUCCAUAUGCAAAGUUUAUAUCUCGCCGAGUUUAUCGUGAAUCGUGCAUUUUCUCAGAUGGCAGUUACACCAAAGAUCUGACAGUUUUGGGUGUUGAUCUUGCAAAAGUUGCCAUAAUUGAUAAUACUCCACAGGUUUUCCGCUUGCAAGUUAACAAUGGAAUUCCAAUAAAGAGUUGGUUUGAUGAUCCGUCCGAUAGUGCUUUGAUUUCGUUACUUCCCUUCUUAGAGACCCUGGUUAAUGCUGAUGAUGUUCGUCCUAUAAUUGCCAAGAGAUUCGGUAACAUGGAAUAAGAGUCACUUGCCUUCUCAUUUGCUUGAAUAUAGAAGCUUCUUGCCUCUCUCAUAUUUUUUUAGCAAAUAUUGGCCUCUGAUUUAGAUGCUCCUCGUUCUUUUUUCUUUUAAGCGCAUGAGAUAAAUAGCUAUCUAGUAAAGUCUUACUUUACCUUUUGUUAGUGUGCUCUUGGUUCUUGUUCCCUUAUUUUCUGCGUUUCAGCUGACAACACUGUGGAAUGGGUUGUCUGAUUUUUGUUCAAAGGUAAUUGUAGGGAAAGUCUUAUUUAUCCUUGUUGUACAGUUUUAAGUUGUUUUGCUUAUCAGGGUGUACACAUGGGAAAUUAUCUAUACAAUCUUGUUCUUUAACUGGGAUGCUCCACUUUAUUUUCACUUGAUCUCGUGAGAUUUAGUUAUGCAAUUAAAUCUUCUUCUCCUUGUUGGCUGUCAGCUCUUCGAUCUUGUUUCCUUGUUUUCUUCCUUUCAGCUGACAACACUGCAGAAUAGUUUGUUAGUUUUUGUUUCAAGGUAACGGUAAGGAAUGCCUAUUUGUCCUUAUCAUACAAUUUUAAGUUGCCUAUUUGUCCUUAACUAUCUUAUUGCCAUCCUCAUAAAUCUCUACUAUCAAGGAUAUUCAAACGCUGAAUUCUAAUGUCAUUUUUGAGUAAUUUGAAUUUGAAAAUUCAAAUGAUAGUCAAGGAAGUAAUAAUUACUGUAAAAACUCAGGUUGAGCCUGUGAUACUGCAUAUCUAGUAAAUAAAUUCUUACAGUUCAUAAACAAUUAUACUGGGAACGAAAAUGGAAAUGCCAUAAUAAUUAACGACGCUGAAUACUUUCUGAACUUAAAAGUAAGUCUUACUUCUAAUGAACUGUAUGAUAAUGAAAUUGAGAACUUUUCUGUAGUUCUGUGAAGGUUUGGCCCUUCUGGAUGAGAAACAAGAAACUGGGAGGAACACAAAGAGGAGGACAAACUACUUGUGCAUCCUAUGUCUACAUGGCAUCAUAUUCCCAGAAGACUUGUUUGUACGCUUUGACGGACUGAAUUUUUCUGGUUUUUACCAUGUUCUAGAGAUUAGUUUUAGUUUUAUUUUCUUUUCCCGGAGAUCCAUUUCUCGAUUUAAUUCAAAAUAGCUUGAAAGGAAAUGUGAGGGGAAGUAAUCUGACUAUGCAUCAAAUCAGAUUAGGCAUUCAGUUUUGUUUUCUGAUUAGGAAUUCAAAACCUGUGAAUAAUACAUCAGACUGUAUGUUUAAGUGAAUUAUAUACAACGAUUCAAGAU